AUGCGGACCCUUCGACCAGCUCAGCUUGUCACUGCGAACGUGCCUUUGGAGUGGGAGCCGCCGCCCGCGCCUCCGGCCUCAGGCGACGAGCCGAGCUCGGGCAAGCAAGGGCCCUCGCGUGACCCGUCUUGGUUGGCGCGCGCUCUGGGCGCUGGCGAGACGCAGUUUCCUGGUUGGCAGACUGUCAAUGAGCUCCCGGUCCUCGGCCACACAAUCGCGGCGAAUGGCAGCGUGGUGCCGUGUAUACAGAAGACCAAGAAAGCCGUUUGGAAAGCUUUCUUUGCCAACGCCGGGGCGGCAUCUUUCUCAAAGGCGCCGCUGCAGGUCAAGCUCUGGCUCAUUUCCCGAUCGUGUUUAGCACCCUUCGCCUACCGAUGCUCGCGGUGGCCGCCGCGCGCGGAGCAGCUGGCAAUGGUCGAUCGCUUGCAGACAAGGUUGGUUACAGCCGCUAUGCGAAUGCGGAAGUGCCCCGGCGACAACGCUGAGUCCUUCGCUCAGCGCCGGAACGCCCGUACCGCGCGCAAGGCGUGGGAGCAUGGAAGAUGGUCGACCUUUUGGUGCAAGCGAGUGGUAGAUUGGGACGGUCAUAUCAGGAACUGCGACACUAGCGACGUGAUACCGGAGUGGGACGGGGCGGACUUGGCGUGGGAAGUCUACGCCAGGCCUGCGAAGAUAAGUGUGUCGCGGCGGCGGCUGGUCUCGACGUGGCUCGGGAGGAAGCUGCUGAUUUCGAACGCCUUCAAGCCUAUACUGGUCACCUCGCUGCUGGUGAUGCUCUUCACCCGCUUCUUCACGCCUGGCGUCUCCGUCGAGCUGGCCACAGACGUCCCCGCCACCGCGAUCUGCGGCGCGACGAUGAAGAUAUACUACGACCUGAGGCAGCCCCUCGAGUUCGACAUCUGCAGGAGCCUGGUGAUGUGCUGGUGCACCUUCCUCGUGAUGCACGUCGUGAACCGAGCCCGUGCUGCUCAGCCACGCGUGGGACGACAACAACAACUUUGUCGACCAUGGCGAACGUCAGACCUCAUCCUGAGUGAGGUCACCACCUUCGAGAGCGCGUGGAUGAUCACGAACUGCGUGGUAUCCGAGGUCGCGCUGCUGCUGAACCGCCACAGCAUCUGGGACGAGCCCCACGUGUACAACUGGGAGUGGCAGCUGGGGGACAUCCUGCGAUUCCUGUCGUACCUGCCCCUGUUCGUUAUGCUGUGUGCCACCACCGACAGCCUGCGCAUGAACAAGUUCGUGAAGAUGGUGUGCCUCUGCAUCGGGCUGUCUUACCACCUGAUGGAGUACGUCAAGGCGCGCUACAGCACGUCCGAGUGGUGCAGCGGCUCCGAGUUUCUCGGCAUGGACUGCAGGGAGUUCAAGAACGCCUACCAGUGGACUAUGCUCAACAUCACCAUUUUCAUGCUGAAGGCGCUGAAGUCCUACGCGUUCGGGCAGGCGUUCGCCGUCGUGAAGGCCGCCUACUUCAAGGAAAAGACGCUCGUUGCCAAGCACAUGAACAGUGGCGACCACUGGCUGGAGUCCUUCAGCCGCGGCCAGUGGCUGAAGGGCACGCCGCCGCAGGCGCCGCGCGACGAGGAGGA